AUAUAUGAAUUCGCUGAAAAAUAAGUGAAAGCUUUCUAGAAUUUAGAUAAAUAAAUUUAAAAGUUAUAUUUUUUUAUAACGAGUAGUCCACCAAUCUAGAUCUAUUACUGUUUGCAUAUUGGUAUUGCGAUUCGACGAACGAACUUGUACAGAUUUUUGUUAUGCAUAAGUAACCUCACAUUAACUGAUACCAAGCCUAGGGAAAAGAAAUAUUGAAACUGUUGAAACGAGUACAUUUCUUCAUUUGUAUCUAUUACUUAAAUAAAGAGAAAAUGGUAUUUUUAACUGCGCAGUUAUUCACAAAAUGUCGAGGUCCAGAUGAAUUUUGGCGAAAACGACAAAUAUUUAAACUCGCUGCCCAUUACGUCGGCAGGAGAAGAAAUUGUUAUAGCAUAACCAUAAGAAAUGUGCACAGAGCAUUAUUAAAAUCUACUGCAGGGAGGGAACUUAAAAAACAUGAUAUGAAAGAGCUUUGGGAGACUAGAAUAGAUGCUGCUGCUCAGGAACAUGGUAGUAAUUUAAAUAUAUUGAGGGAAGGAUUGACUAGGUGUAAUAUUUUACUUAAUCGCAAGUCUAUGGCAAAUUUAGCUGUAUGGGAACCAAGGACAUUUAAAUGUUUAUCUGACAUUGCCUGUGCAAAAGUAAAGCUGGCAGGAGAUCGUUCCGUAACUUACAAGCCUAUGCCUGCAAGCAUUCUAUCUUCAGGAUUGAUUGACAAAUAAAAAAUAAUCUUUCAUUGUAACAUUUAUUAUGCUAUAGAUGAUUAAAUAUUUACAAGAAAUAUAUAUUCUUAAAAAGAA